AUGUGUCAGUCACUGCAGGUUGUGUGUUUGUGUGUUUGUGUGUUUGUGCAGAGCCACAGGAGCAGCAGCGUGCAGCUGACGGCGUUCGUCUGUCCGCUCUGUGACGAAUCCUUCAGCACGUCCAGAUCUCUGCAGACUCACCGGAGGCUUCACUGCGGAGACAGACCGCACAGCUGCCAUCAGUGUGACAAAGCGUUCAAGUCUUUAAACAACCUGAGAAUCCACCGUCGCGUCCACACGGGGGAGAAACCGUACGGCUGCGAGCGGUGCGGCGCCGCCUUCACGCAGCUGAGUACGUUAAAGGCCCAUCAGCGGCGGCACACCGGAGAGAAACCAUACUGGUGUGAGCGCUGUGGUGAAACGUUCACUCAGCUAACGCAGCUCAACAACCACCAACACGUUCACACGGGGGAGAAAGCUCACGGCUGCCGCCUGUGUGACAAAACCUACAACACGUCAUACGAACUGAAGCGGCACCAGCUGGUCCACACCGGACAGAAACCGCACGGCUGCGACCAGUGCGGGAAAGCCUUCGCGGCUUCAGGUGACCUGAAGAAACACCAACGUGUUCACACCGGGGAGAAACCGUACAGCUGCGACCAGUGCGGGAAAGCCUUCACUACAUCGAGCCACCUGAAAAUCCACCAACGCGUGCACACGGGGGAGAAACCGUACAGCUGCAUCCGCUGCGAGAAGGCCUUCACCACGAUAGACAACCUGAAAGUCCACCAGCACGUCCACACGGGGGACAAACCGUACCACUGCGACCAGUGCGGGAAAAGCUUCACGCAGAGUAGUUCACUUAAAGUCCACCAACGCAUCCAUGCAGCUACGCUAGCUGCUUCCUCCUCCCCGUGACCUCAUGACCCCAUGACCUCAUGACCCCGUGACCUGUCGGUUUGGGAGGUUGAAAGUCCACUUCAGUUCUUUGUUCAUCCAUCAGCCCUCCGUUCAGGCUUCCUUCUCUCAGUACUCACCUAUGUUGUCUCAGCUGUUGUGAAGUGAGCAGAAAUGACCCACGGCUUCUUCUUCUUAGUGUUUCUGUUUCUCUGUGACUCCGGCUCCUCUGGACCUCCUGAACCAGUUUAAAGUUUGAAAUGUUUAAAGCUGAAGUGAAAUAAACUGUAAUGUGAAAUAUUUGAGUCAGUCCGUCUCAUUUGUGUUUCCUGUGAACCUCCCGGACACUCAGGAUGAAGUCCAGGGCCGUGUGUAGAAAGCAUGAAUCAAACUGAGGUCUCCACAGCUGCACGGUGAAACUAACGAACAUCCUGACGGAC